UUUCCAAAUUUUAUGAGUAUUGAUUUAUUUUAUAGACUUAAUAAUCCUUUGUAAAAAGGGGACUAUUUUUUUUGUUCUGUAGGUAAACGAAGAUGUUGAGCCUCCACUUCAAAAGAAGUUUAAAGCUGAUACAGAUAAUGUUCCGCUAAGAAGAAGUGAAAGAGGUCAAAUACCAUCCAUUCAUACACAACCACCGUUUACAGGAGCAAGGAAGAAACAUCCGAUUCUUCAUCCCUUUGAGCCAGUUGAUAAAACAAGAAAAGAAAAAAAUGAGAGAAUGGAAAAUGUCAAACAAAAGAAAGUAAGUUUUAUUUUAUAAGAAGCUAUAUAUUUCAUGAAACUAGAUAUCUACAUAAAAAGUAUGAGUGUCCAAUGUAGGAAGCUGAGAAUCAAUCAAGAGAUAGUAAACGCAAAGUGGUUUUCGGAUAUUGAAACUCCGGGAAAAAAACUUUCAAAAACGCAUAUUGAAGCAGGUUUUGAGUUGCUGAAACUGAGACAGAUAAACAAUCCAGAUUUGUUUCUGAACAAAACUGCCUUAGUUGUUGGAGUGAAGUUUCUUGAAGAAAUAGAUGAGUUUUAUAAUGAGUUUUUAGAUGACAAGAAAGGUUUCCAAUUUGGAGCAGGCUUUGACAAGUACAACAUAGAGAAGAAUAUCAACUUCCUCUAUUCGGCCAUUGCAGUAGCAGAGAAGUAUUGGCUUGGAGUUGUAAUCAACUUGGAGAAGAGAAAUAUCACAGCAUUCAAUUGUGCAGCAAUGAAGUUCACAGAUGCGAGUUUGGUCCCUUACGUUAAUGCAUAUGCGAUGGCUCUCCCAUUCAUGAUUCGCUACUUCUUCAAAGAUGUCAGCAUGGAUACAAGCAAGUUCUCGAUAAAAAUUGUAUCUGAAGGUUUCCCACAGGUUCUUAAAAUAGAAGACAGUGGAGUUUAUGCAUUGAAGCUGAUAGAGUGUCAUGCAAUGCGUAUAGUGGAUUUGACAAAGCUGAGUGAAGAAAAAAUUGCAAUCAUCCGAGAAAAGUUGGCGGUUGAUAUCUUCUCGGAAUUACAAUGAAUACUAAUGUGGGAAUGAACAAAAACUUUAUAGCUUGCUUAUAGUUAUGUGUGAACAACUAUCUGUUUUAUGCUUCAUCAACAGAUGGGCACCAUCAACAGAAAGUACCUUCCUCAUCAACUUAAACCCUCUGAUAGAUGGACCAAGCGACAAAAAUGCGUAUUUGAAUUUCCCAACAGCAUCAACUUCGAUAAAAGUCACAGAACCUGGAUUCUUUUCUUUUAUCAUGUGAAACCAACUGGGCAAAGCUUCAUAACUGUCAUCAGGAGUACCCCUAGCUAUAUCUUGGCCGUGCUCUUGAGACCUCCAAGCCUUUGAAUAUGUAAUCACAACACCAUGAUCAUUUCUAGCUUUUUCCAUGAUCUGUUUAGGUUUCAGCCCAAUCUUUCCUCCUUCAUAAUGAUUGCUGACCAUAGUUCCCAACAAUUUUGCAGUAGCUUGCCGAUGACUAACAGUUCUCAGAGAAGUGUCACAAGUAUGUUUAGAUACAUAAUGACGAACAAAAAAACUCUGAGAUCCUUUAACUGAUUUUGCACGAAAACUCCAACUGCAUCUUUCAUCCACACAACUAAGAACAUAACGUGUUUUGUCUGAAUAUUCUGUGUGGAACUCAAAGCUUUUACUAACUGCAUGCAACCUCAACUUUGUGCUCAUUUCCUUUUUAUCCUUGAAAAACUUCCCGCAGAACAAAUCAUCAUCAUCACCACAACUGGGAGACAAGAUAUCUUCUCCCAUGCUUUCUCUACCACGUAUACUGGAGAAAGAUGGCAAUUUUGACUUUCCAGACCCAUAUACAGCAAGUCCAAUCGAGUCCAAUCCUCUCUAAGAUAAAAACAUGAAACAUAUACAUUAAAAAUAGAAUUUAUAACCCAUUAUAAGACAUUGAUUAAACUCUCAUAUAUUUAUAUUUGACAGAGGAAAAAGUUAUAUGUACCUUAUUGCUAACAAGACCACUUGAACGAGAAAUAAGACUGUCGCUAAUACGAGUAUGUUGUAUACCAGAGACUUCGUCAACUCUCUGAAUGCUGUUCCAUUCAGUCUCCGCGUGUGUUUUUGUUCCUCUCUAGAAAACUAAACAUGUAUUUAUUACCUUUAUAAGACAUUAUAAUUAUGAAUGUUAAGGUAAGAGUUUUGAAAAGUACCUCAAAUACAUUACUACUUCCAGCAAUAGGCGAAUCAUGAGUACUAGAAAUUUCAUCUUGUGUCUGAAUCAUGUUUGACAUAAUCAAUGGUGAUUUUUGUGUUCCUCUCUGAAACAUAAAAACAUAAAGCUAGUAAUGAAUAUUGUAAU